UGUAGUCCCGACGCCUGCUGGGGGGGUCGCUCCCCCAGCUGGUGGCUGGAGCAGCCCCUUAUUCUUUGGUGGCGUCGGUCCGUUCCUAAUGCCUUUAAGGAAGAAGCAGUGCACAGCCCUGCUUCUUGAAGCCCUGGAGCUUGAAGAUUUCCAAGGACUUUCCUGAACCUUUGUUGUUGUUUGUUUGUUUGUUUGUUGUUGCUGUGCGUCCUGGGACCCCUGGCUGCCUACAGUGCCUCCUGCUGGGAAGAAUACUUUUGGGUUCCUGACUGCCCAGCUUCAGGUACCUGGCUUCGGGGCAAGCAGGGCUGUUCUGUGUUACAGGUACACAUGGCAUUCAGAGAUGUGGCUGUGGAUUUCUCUCAGGAGGAGUGGCGCCUGCUGAGCCCUGCUCAGAGGUCCCUGUACAGAGAGGUGAUGUUGGAGAACUACAGCAACCUGGUGUCUCUGGGAAUUCCAGUUUCAAAACCGAAACUUAUCACCCAGCUGGAGCAAGGGAAAGAAACAUGGCAAGAAGAGAGGAAAUGCCCACAGGCAGCUGCAGCACAGGCAAAGCUGGAACUCUGCCCUGGUCCUGUCUGCCCCCCGGAUCUCACCAAUCAGAAACUCCCUGUGCAGUGUGUGCUGAGUGAUUGUGCACCGUGGAUCUUUACAUGCCUGUGUGCAAAAUGUCACGCCAAUGCAGGAGACGCCUGCCAUGGGGCCCAGGAGACGCAGCAGCGAGCCUCUGAUAGGAGCUCCUGCAGCGAUAAAUCAGAAGGUGGAGAGAGAGGUGCCAGGCCUUCAUUUAGAAGGACAAAGAAAAGGACAAAGAAAAGGAGUUUGGGGACCCUCUCCAGGCCGUCCCUAAAGCAGCCAGUCAGCUUUCGGAAUGGUAUCAGACGGGUAGGGAUGGCGACCAGCCCAGCACAAGCUGGGUGCACUGAAGAACCCGAAAAGUUGUUGAAGCGAAUAGAAAUCUUGGGGUUUGGAACGGUCAGCUGUGGAGAGUGUGGGCUGGGCUUCUGCAAGAUGACAAACCUGCUUAGUUACCAGAGGAUCCAUUCAGGGGAGAAGCCGUAUGUGUGUGGGGUGUGUGAGAAGGGCUUCAGCCUAAAGAAGAGCCUUGCCAGACACCAGAAGGCGCACUCUGGGGAAAAACCCAUCGUGUGCAGAGAGUGUGGGCGAGGCUUUAGCCAGAAGUCAAACCUCAUCAUCCAUCGGCGGACACACUCAGGGGAGAAGCCUUACGUGUGCAGGGAGUGUGGCAAAGGCUUUAGCCAGAAGUCAGCUGUUGUGAGACACCAGAGGACUCACUUAGAGGAGAAGACCAUCGUGUGCAGUGACUGCGGCCUUGGCUUCAGCGACAGGUCCAACCUCAUCUCCCACCAGCGGACGCACUCAGGGGCGAAGCCUUAUGUUUGUAAGGAGUGCGGGCGGUGCUUCAGACAGGGGACAACCCUUGUCAAUCAUCAGAGGACUCACUCAAAGGAGAAGCCUUACGUGUGUGGUGUGUGUGGGCACAGCUUUAGCCAGAAUUCAACUCUCAUCUCCCACAAGAGGACACAUACCGGGGAGAAGCCAUACGUGUGUGGGGUAUGUGGACGAGGCUUCAGUUUAAAGUCCCACCUCAACAGACACCAGCACAUCCACUCAGGGGAGAAGCCCAUCGUGUGCAAGGAUUGUGGGCGAGGCUUCAGCCAGCAGUCGAACCUCGUCAGGCACCUGAGGACACACUCUGGGGAGAAGAAGCCCAUGGUGUGUGAGGAAUGUGGACGAGGCUUUAGCCAGAAGUCAAACCUCCUCGCACACCAGAGGACACACUCAGGAGAAAAGCCAUUUGUGUGCCGAGACUGCGGGCGAGGCUUCAGUCACCAGGCCGGGCUCAUCAGACACAAGAGGAAGCAUUCAAGGGAGAAGCCGUACGUGUGCAGGCAGUGUGGACUGGGCUUUGCCAACAAGUCAGCUCUGAUCACACAUAAGCGGGCACACUUUGAAGAGAAGCCCUGUGUGUGGACAGAGUGUGGCAGAGACUUUAUCCAGAAGUCACACCUCACCUUACAUCAGAUGACACAAGGGGAGAAAACUUACACAUCCAAGACCUGUAGACAGGGCUUUAGGCAAAGGUCUCACCUUAUCAGACACAGGAAGAUGAAAGGGCCCACCACAAACGGCUCCUGCAGCCCGACUCGGAAGCCUGUUUGGGGCACUCAUCUGGGCCCUUCUAUUCCCUUUGAAAAUGAGGAUGAUGGAAAGGUUCAUUGUCAGAAUUCUUACACUUUCGUGAAGCAGACCAAUGAACUUCAUAAGGCCUACGGGCAGUAACUCAGCCCACUUCCUUCCAGUCUCACCUUCUGUGGCCUGUUGUCUAGUAAACUUUCAGCCCACUUCCUUCUGAUCUCACGU